AUGGCGAUCAGGGCGGAUUCAGGUAGGGAAGAUGGUUUAAGCCAUUACCUGCAUGCCAUCCCCAAAGUGCACAGGGCGUCUGCACAACACUUCUUUGACACCGGCAUCUUUCUUUCCACCAAAACGUCUGACGAAUUAACGCAACAAAAUCCUACGUUGACGGGUCGCGGUUUACACCGACUUUCAUCAACCUCUGAAUUUUACUACAGUAUUCCUACAGAUGUGCUUCCAUUUACGGCGUGGGAUUACAAAGCAGCCGAGAAAACUUGCUAUGAUAAAUCACUGCCGAUAAUGUACACCAAAUAUUUGUCAGAGAUCCUGCACAGAUCCUCUGACAAAAUGAGCCGUUGUCAGGUAAAGUUUUAUUUUAUUCUGUGCGACUUUCUGAACAUCGACACCUUCUUACCUGAAGGUUUGAGAUAUGAUCGCGUAUUGACUUCUAACUUGUGGGACUAUUAUCCCCUAAAGGAUGUGCUGACAAAAUUCAAAAGACUUUUAAACAGCACCAAUCCUCAUGCCGUCAUACUAACUGAGACACAAAACUGGCCGCGUAACUAUAUGCCUGAAAUAGUUCAUCAAUUGCCGUAUUAUCACGGACUGGACGAUCUCUUAAGAAAAGAUUUGAAAGAUACACAAGAUCCAGAACUUGUGGAGGAAUCGGGACUUACCACAGUUGUAGAAUAUAUCAACCUAUCAGAUGAAUUCCUUCUAGUACUGCGCGCAUCUCUGCUAGCCUCCUGUACAGAAAACGAGCUAGCCUUGUUUAAAAAACAAAAGAAGAUUCCAUCCGUGAAGUCUCUCGUGAAUUCACUGGGGCUGUAUUUACGUGACUUUGUCAGAAUUGAGAACACAGUGGUUCCGUUUAGAUGGGCGGUGAAUUGUCGUCGAGUUGUCAUGUUGAGAGGCUACGAGAGAGCACUGGAAUGGAAACUUAUUUCUGAUUGA